UAUUAAGAUUAGAAAACAGUUUGUGACUUUUGCAUGAAAGGUCACUGCAAAUCUAUUGUCUAAAUAAGUAGUAAUUGAGUUCAAAUGUCGAAUUUCGGUUACUAAUGAAUUAAUUGAAAUAAUCCAAAUUUAAAUUUGGACUAAAGCGAUUUUUAAUCGACUUUUUUACUUAAUUUCUGGUAAACUCGAUUAUCAAAUUUUAUUUUUCAAUACUUAAUUUCUAUUUAAGGUGAAGAAGACUUAACACACAAAAAAAGGCAUUAGUUUCUUCAAUAUAAAAACGAAUGAGUCAAAAACUUGAGGAAAGACCAUAUAUGUGACCACUUAAACAAUCAUCACAAUAUUUAAACUUACUGAUAAACAUUCAAUUAAAUUCUAAAAUAAUUUAUAGAAUAAACAUUACUAAAAUAAUUUAUAGAAUAAACAAUUAAUGCAUAAGGAUAUUUGAUUGCAAAGACUCAAGUUUAAAUUCGAAAAACUAUAUUUAUUCACUUUUAGAGGAUGAUUAGACUAUAAGAUUAAAAAAAAGUAUUUUAGACUAUUAGAAGAUCUGUUCCAAUGUUACUUAUUAUCAUACAAUCAUACAAUCAUACAAUAUAAUAAAGCUAGAUGAGAAUUUGGGCAAGUUUGCCAAGUGUCAAAUUUUUAGAACUCCAUGCUAUUUUAAUUUUUUCUAUUAAUAGAAUAGUUUCUAUUAUUAUCUUUAAUUAAUUUUUUAUUAUUUAAUUAAUUAUAAUGACAUGAUAAGUUUAUAGAACAACUCAAUAGUUGCUUUGAGAGAUGUAGAGUCAUUGGUAUCAAUUGAGAAUCUAAAGGGAAGAGUUGGAAGAAGCGCAAGAGUUGGGAGAAGCGCAAAACAUCAAACGGAAUUAAUGAGGCCUCCAUUUCUCUCUUAAUCCAAAAGCUAAAUAAGUAAAAAUAGUUAAUCGAAAUGUAUUUGGCCAGGGGUUUACGGAGCUGAAAGAUCAUCCCACUUACUUCAGUGCCAACAAAAGAGCAUAGCAAUUCAAGUGAGAAAGGGAUAGUCAGGAAAUGAACGAUGUAAGGUCUACAGUAAUAACAACAACAACUAGCAACACUUCUCUAUGUCGCUCUUCCCACCAAAAAUUACAUACUCCCAACGACGACUCCUCUCUCUCCUCUCCGCGAUCUCUUCCUUCCACCGUACCAUCCUCCACCCUCACAACUCCCUCCUCAUCACUCACUCUACCACUUUCCUUACCCAAGGCAUCUCCCAACUCCUCUCCGAUUGUUUGACGCUCGCCAAGCGGCGGUUACAAAUUUUAAUCUUCCGCUUGCCAUCCCUAUUUUGGCAACACUUCUGGCUCUGGUUCUUUGUGUUUCUGCUAUUGCCUAGGGUACAAGAUGUAUACUUGCAAGAGAUCAUCUCCAACUUCCUCCAACCAUUCACAGUGUUGAAAGCUGAGAAGAACGACUUAAGAAGAACCCUCUUAGAACGACUUGCAUAACUUUAUGGAGAGAAAGUCACAUCUAUGCUUACCGUCCAACAUCAUAUGCAUCAACUUAUCAUGGAUUCGUCUUUGAAAGAGAUUUACAACCCAGUAAGGUGCUUCUAAAUGAGCAUACAUGUAGUUUCAAAAUAUUUGGAUUAGGACAAAAAUAUUAUUGUCUUGGUUUAGGAUUAUGUAAUGUUGUUACUUACUGUCUUGCAUGAAAUAACUAUAAAAGUGUCCUAUCAUAA